UUGUGUUAGUGGAUUAAGUGGCGCACACCGAGGGCUUUAACAUCUGGGAGGGGCGUCGCUGCCGUGACAGUGUAGCGUCAGCUGGCCGUGUGAAAUAGAGGGUCUUCAUCCGGUGCAGAAGGGAAACCUUUCUUCUCGCUCCUACAGCAGGUUUGCCGAGAUGCGCAGGGCUCCGACGCAGCGGAGGUCGCGACGCUGCUGGUGAAUUACAAUUGGGAUACGAAAGCCACCAUGAGAGAGUGGGGGGGCGCUUUUUAUUCUAUUUUAAUUUUUUUUCCGCGUAUUUCCACGUAGCCGAGCAUUUCGUUAAUUGAAGCCUCCUUCCCCGUGAAGGAUUCCGUCCCGUGGUCCCUCUCUGGAAUGAUUUUCCCGAGCUUGUUUUUUCUCCAGAGCACCAUGGAGACCUCCGAAGGCAUCGGUCAUGCUCUCUGGCUCCUCGGUGGAAUGUGACGCGGCCCGUGCUGUCCCUACCUGUACAUCUGCAUACCAGAUGUUUAAAAAGUUGGUGCCUGACUUCACCCGGCGAGCCUGACGGAGUCUUCCAGAUUUCCAUUUUCACACCUGAGCAGAGGUACGGAGGUACGCCUGGACUUUGAUUCCCCCAUGCUCAUCUUUUGCUAACUUGCUAGAAAUGCGACUCACUCCACACCUCAAGGCGACACAUGGCUGCAAGGUGAGGGCGUGGCUGGGAGCGUGAGUUGUAAAGUCCCCGGAUUCAUUCACAUGGAGGUCAAAGGACACCUGAUCACAUCCAUGGGUUUGGGGGCUCCCGAUGUUCAAGGCUGCCAGGACGGCAAGCUGCAGACUGAGAGGAUCGCGGCUCUGCAAGAGAGGAAGCAGGCCCUGGAGGCUCUCCUCAGCUCCAGAGUGGGAGAACUCAAACAAGUGUGUUUGCAGGAAGCGGAGCUGACUGGGAAGUUGCCACGUGCUUUCCCCUUGGAGACGGGAGAGAAACCCCCACUGGUGCAGCGCAGAGCUGGCUUGGCGCCCAGCACCAAGGCCGAAGAUGAUGCUGCCCAAAGAAAGCAGAUGAAAGCCAUCUUCACCGGUGCUCUGUACAGACACUCGGAAUCAGACCGCAAUGUCCCAAAUGGCAAGAGGACAGUCCAUCGGGGGUGUCACACAGAGGACACGGUGUUGUCAGAGAGCACCAGCUCCAUGUCCGAUUCAACAUCCCAUGACAAUGAAUCUUCUCCCAGCGUGGCUGCCGACCAGCGCUCUCUGUCUCAGCCCCGGCUCACUCUGGGCAGCCCCGACCACAGAAUCAGCAGGAAGCUUUCUCCGGUAGAGAUUUACUACGAGAUGAGGACACGACGCAACUCUGUCACAAGCUCCGUUAGCCCAACCCACUCUUUACCGAGAAGUGCUUCUAAUGUUGAAGGUAGAAGCGUUCCAGCAACUCCUCUUCUGGCACGAACUGCUCCAAUCAGUGUUCACGUCAGGUCCGAUGCAUCGGGUGGUAAUGGUCUGAAGCAGUGGUCUGCUAGCUUGGAUGUGCCAUACAUGAUUCCACUGGCUCAAGAGGGCUCCUCCUCUGACCGCCGAGGCUGCCCUUACAGCUCCCGAGCCAGGCGCAGCAACAGCUCUGAGGCCCUGCUGGAUAGGUCAAGCCUCCCGGAUGAUCCCGCACCCAGAAAUGGGAUGCCCCAGAGAGGCGGGCCCUACAAGAGCUCAGAGACGUUGACUGAUGGCAAGCUGCGGCAGAUUCAUCUGGGCAGUCCUGAGAGACAAGUGGACAACUCAGUGGAACAGGUCAAAAUGCGUUUGUCGAUGGGUGGCAGGGGGGCCAGUGGAGGCUACAAUGAGCUUUUGAUGGACUAUAUCUGGGGGAAACAGCAGAGGAUGCAAGUGCAGCAUCACCUGUACCAGUCCACGGGCAGGAUCUGGCAGGACAUGUCCUCUCCUCGCUCCUCCACUGCAGCUGUGCCCCCUCAUGCCAAUGGAUUUUCACAUUCCCAGGUGCACCUUCCCAGUGCUGCAGCCCCUUACAGCCCCAUGGUCCUCAGAGGGUCCCAAGCCGAGCUACGCAGGGUCAAAGUCACCAGAACCAAAUCUUGUGGGCCCUUUAUUCCUUUGCAGCAACAUCCCCAAGAUGCCAUCCUGCUGUCACCGUAUGAGUCCCCACUUCCUGCCUCUGGCACCACUACAUCCUCCAUACCCAACCUGCACCCUUACCAGACUGAGUUGUCUGGUCCCUCCUUCAGCCGCAGACCUCCACAGUUCUCUCUUCCCACUCCAGAAGACUCAACCAGAAGUUUGCAUAAAGCCCUGGCACUAGAAGGACUGAGGGACUGGUACUUGAGGAAUGCGCUUGGCUAUCCUCCUGCCGCCCCAAAGGGCCAGGAGGCAGGGAUCUCUCGUCUUUCACACCCCCACCCACUGGUGCACCAGGCUCAGUCUGUUCAAGGUGAACCAGGCAACGUCCAAAGGCCUCAGAUACCACAGUCAGCCAGCUUCCACGGGCACCCACUGCAUGGAAGGUCGAUGGAGUUCUCUCUCUAUCAGGAGACCACAGACCCACAGGUGCAAGAGGUGACCCCAAAGGAGGCCAGUGCAGACCCUGGCACGCUGGUCUGAAGCAGCAGAACACACAAACACACUGCAUUAUAUGAGCAAAUACACUGUAGCCUCACAGUUACACACACACACACACACACAAGCUGAUACAAUGUGACCUCAACAGCAAAGCAAAACAUGGCAACCUCAGCAGAAAGAGACUGGAGUAAAUGACAAACUGUACCUGUACCUGUACAGUUUGAGAAAAAAAAGCCUUGGCAAGAUCCCCAUGUUAUACCUGAUUCCACCAGUAUGAACUUCAAACCCAGUAUUCCCAUGUGGACGUGCACUGGUGCUGACUAACAGAGCAUCUAAUUCCAAUAUGGUCAUGCUGUACUUCAUAUAUAAAUAUUUCUGGUCCAAAACAGUAAAAUCCUUCCUAAUAACCUUGAAAAGUCUCCCCAGAUAUACUUUUUUACAGAAUAUAUACAACUCUAAAUGACUAUUUUGUAUCUUCUCAGAUAUAAAGACCAGUUAUAUUAAAGAGGUAAUUUAUUGCUCAUUAACCGUGAGAUAUACAAAGAUAUUCUAUGAGCUCACUUCAUUCAAUAAAAGGAGUACUACAUGCCGGUGAAUGUGUGUUUGUAAACUAUAUAAAACAUGCUUCAGUCCUCAUCUGCCCAUCGAUUUCACAGCCAUUUGUAUCCUUCGCGUAUGAGAAAAUGAAACGGGGCCGUGAACUGUAGCGUACUGGUGUAGCGGACAGGAGUGCCUAAAUGUUUUAAUGUCGAGACUAAAGCUUGGUUAGAAAACUUUAAAGUGCUAGCAUUAAGCUUCUGUGAGCUUAGUCAAAUCAAAAAACUGAAAACGUUACACGAUGUCACUAAAUUAGUGUAUUUGGAAUGAUGUCAUAUAUGUAUUGGGACUUCUUUACGUGCGGGUUAUUUUGUAGAUUCAGCUCUGUGCUGGCUGAUAAAUGUAGCUUUCUCUGUGCUGACUGUAACAGAACAAUUCGGUCAGUUUUAGGAAUAACCUUAGGGCUGUUACGAGACCUACUGUAGAGCAGUAGCACAUGACUGUAUGACAAUAAAUAACUCGUAAAUCAAAUUUUAGAUGGCGGAGACUUUUUUUAGCGUCAAAUUUUAUUCUGCAUUGAGCCGUGAAGGAUGUGAGUGUCAUACAGAGCACUUUAUAAACAUCUUAAGCCUUAAUUUCCUAUGAAAUUGUCACCGAGAGAUGACAGGCAGUAGUGAGGUUUAGACAGGGUUUAUAAUAGCUCAAAAUGAAAGCGUUUAACACCUGUUGAAGAUCUACCUGAGUGUUAGUCUGUAUAUAGUGUGGAUUGUACUGAUGAGUUUCAUGCUAACGUUUUAUUCCCGUACUAACAAUGUAAUUUUUAAGCUAACCACGUAACAAGUAUUUAAUCAGAAUUACCUCCCCCAACUCCUUCCACCCCCCCAAGCGAGCACUAUUUAAUUGGCUGUAAACAAACAAACAAAAAAAAAGUGAGGUUGAUGGUGGGAACAGGAUAGGGCUGCUGCAGUAUUGAAUGAUGGUGUGAGCAGGUCUCAUAUCAGUAAAUCUGUUUACGAGAAUUCAUUCUAGCUUUGUAUAAUUGAUAGUCUCAUGUUGCUCUGUGCGUCUGUUUCAUUCACUUUUCAUUACGCCGUGCAUCAUUACAUAGUUUUUAAAGGCAGUCUUGGUAGCAUUCUGCAAAAGAUAACAGGAACAAAUAAAAUCCUCAAGGAAAAAGAACUUAUUUGUCUUAGUGUGACAUAACGUAACAUGUUUUUCCUUAAUUUUUUUUUUUUUUUUGUCAUUUUACGUUUUUGUUCUUGGUACUCAUUUGAAUGUAAUAUCUUAAGUGUGUUAUAAGCGAUAAUUCUUUCUACUCGGGUACAAACUGUAGCACACUGUGGAAUGUCACCGGGUUUCUUCUGCUGUCUGAUGUGUUCACGUCGUCUGUUUCCAGCUUCACAGAGCUCCUUCCAGCUCAUUAGACCCUGAAAUCAAAGACCAAACUGCUGUGCACUGGGGGUCGUAAAGGUAUUUUUCAUAUAAUGUACUAUGUAAGUUCAAAAGAAAUGAUCCAUAUAAAGCAAAUGUAUUCAAACUAUAUUAUAUUUAUGAACCAAUAACAUUUUUGUAGCUAUGAACUGUAGCUCUUUUCUCAUCAGUGCGGGAACUGGUAACAUGUGUUGAUGCCACUUCAUUCAGCAGUGUGCCGUGUUAAUAUAUGAUUUUGUUUUUUUUUCUAAAGAAAAAGAUAUUUAAGUGCAGCUGUUUUAUCUGCCCCUCCCCUCUUUAUAACCAGGCCUAUGGGAUUAGACUGAAUAGGCCUGCUCUAUGCUGUAUGUAUGAGAUUGUGCAUUCAUUCUACUAAAUAAAGUGUCAUGUCGCAAACAAACAAACAAA